AGUGUACCCAGUCUCGCGACGGCGGCUGCUGACUGCUUCUUCAUCGUCGUCUUUUUGUCGAUCGUCGAAUAAUUCGCGGCAGCAGACUUCCAGUGCUUGGGUAGAGAAUUUUGUGCGAAAAUAAUCGCAAAAAUUGAUUGUUGAACGCCGAUUGAUAGCAUUGUUUGAUUGCUAAUUGAACGAUAUCUUCCCAAGUGCUAACGGUGAAUCGGAUUGUGAAACGUUUAGUUGCGAAAAUUAUUCCACUUUCAAGUUUUGGUCCAUUGAACGAGGGAAAGGAAAAAAAUCUCCUUCGGACACCAACACACACACAACUCUAGCUGGACAGACACCACCGAUAUCUCCACCGUAGUACGCUCAGCAUAAGAAGAGUAAUCAACUACUGAGACAGUCUUGAAUUGUGGGUCGCUUCGGACGCGAAAAAGAAGCAGAACAGCCGUUGCUAUCUGGUAAACAAAUCGGAGGAUUCGUAGUAGGAGAAUGCCAGAUUACAGCGAUUUGGACCGUCAAAUAGAACAACUGAAGCGCUGCGAGAUCAUCAAGGAGAAUGAAGUAAAGGCGCUCUGUGCCAAGGCGCGGGAGAUUCUGGUCGAGGAAGGAAACGUCCAGCGGGUUGAUUCGCCGGUCACGGUUUGUGGUGACAUCCAUGGUCAGUUCUACGAUCUCAAGGAGCUGUUCAAAGUGGGCGGCGAUGUUCCGGAAACGAACUACCUGUUUAUGGGAGAUUUCGUAGACCGAGGAUACUACAGUGUGGAAACGUUUCUGCUGCUGCUGGCACUGAAAGUCCGUUACCCGGACCGCAUAACGUUGAUCCGUGGCAACCACGAGUCACGGCAGAUCACCCAAGUGUACGGAUUCUACGAUGAAUGCCUCCGGAAGUACGGUUCGGUGACGGUGUGGCGCUACUGUACGGAAAUCUUCGACUACUUGUCGCUGUCGGCGAUAAUCGAUGGAAAGAUCUUCUGCGUGCACGGCGGUCUGUCGCCAUCGAUUCAGUAUUUAGAUCAGAUCCGUUCGAUCGACCGGAAACAGGAAGUGCCGCACGACGGUCCCAUGUGCGAUCUGCUGUGGAGUGACCCGGAGGAUACGCAUGGCUGGGGUGUUUCGCCCCGUGGAGCUGGCUAUCUGUUUGGAUCGGACGUUGUCUCUCAGUUCAAUGCCGCGAACGACAUCGACAUGAUCUGCCGUGCCCAUCAGUUAGUCAUGGAAGGCUAUAAAUGGCACUUUAACGAAACCGUGCUUACCGUUUGGUCUGCCCCUAAUUACUGCUAUAGAUGCGGAAACGUUGCAGCAAUCUUGGAACUGAAUGAAAAUCUGCAGCGUGAUUUCACCAUCUUCGAAGCGGCCCCGCAGGAAAGUCGUGGAAUACCGUCGAAGAAGCCACAGGCCGACUAUUUCUUAUAAAAGCGGACAAAAGCCUGCCGAUGUACGAACAGCCGCGGUCGACGAUGAUGAUGACGUACUUUGGACUAAGGUUCACUUCUCGGCCGCUACAUACUUAAUGAGACAUGUGAACUUCUUAAGGCUCCGUCAUCCCUUCCACUUGGCGCACUCUUUAUCGCCCAUCGAAAGUUUUUUUUUCUGUUGUUUCUGUCUCCUGUUCCUGCUCUACAGCUUCUCCCUCUUUCCACCAGGUAUGUAUUGUGUAGAAUUUACUUAGUUUUAUGCUGCAUUGUUCGGUUCGAUCCGCUUUCUAUUAGUUUUAUCAUUGCUAUCGCCUUUUUUAAAUUAUCAAUUGUAGAAUAUAUCGAAGAUAAGUAUACCUGACUGUAAGAGAAAACAACAUGUUCUUGUGUUAUUUAAGAAGAUAUACUCAACUCUUAUCACUGAUCAAGAAAAUAUCCAUUGUGCAAAAGCGAAGCAAAAGUGCGUUUAUUGUUUUGUUAGUUUAAUAUUCUUUUAUGGUUGGACGACGUGCAUUCAGAAGGAUCACAUUUAACUUCACAUGCAGUGUGCCGAUCGAUAAACCAUUAUACAUGAGGAGUAGAAACUAAAACUAAAGUAUCAGGAAAAUACUAAUAACUACCCAUUACUGAUAGUGACAGCUAGUAUUGAAACAAAACAAAAACUAGUAGAACUGAAAAGUAUUGUACUGGAAGCAAAAACAAAAUAUAUCAAGAAACAGUUUAGUGUGAUUUCCCGCGUGUGAACAGUUCCAAAAACAGCCACAACCAUACACACAAUUUGCGUAACUAAAACCAAACAGUUUCCGAUGUGCCUGUUGAACAACAUUUCGAAGAACCAUCGGAUUGUGGAACGACAAAAAAGAAAACAAUAAACCAAACGCAAACCCAGCAGAGUUGCGAUACAAUUCACAAGCAUUGACAAUUACACCACACCACACAUACAUAU